UAUUUGCGUUUCUAUCAGCGCUGGACAGUUCGCGGACAGAAACGAGAGGCAAUUCUGAUCUCAGUAGAUCACGCGUUCGAUUACUUCACAGCUGUCUUGAGCUGUGCCGGAGUUUCAAAACAGAUGAACUGAUGACAACCGCUUGUUGCUGCUAUCAGAAUUAUGUAACGCGUUUGGUGAUAACGUUAUACGCUUUCGGCUGUGAAGGGGUGAAGAUGGCGAUGGAGAUGGGUGGGAUGGAAUGGAGCACACGUGACGUAAUCUCGUUCGUCAGAUGGCGCCUGCUCGUUGGAUGUUUCCGAAUGUUUUCAACCUUAACCUAAAGAAGAAGGCAAGAGCUCGCUGGGCGUAAUGUAAUUGUGAGCUGGCUCGGCUCUCAAUUGUCACACGUUCAUUCAAUAAAUCCAGAGAGUCAUUGUGAAUUGGCCCCGUGACCGGUUGCGAUAGAUCGCUAUCAUCAGCUCACGAUGACGCUGCAAGCAAUGAAAUGGAGCAAGGCAGACGGCAAGCUGGAGAUCCUGGACCAAACGCUGCUGCCGGAAACGACCAGCUAUAUCCAGGUCAAAGGUGUCAAGGAUGGCUGGAAUGUCAUUAACAAGAUGCAGGUACGUGGUGCACCAGCUAUAGCUAUUGUGGGCAGCCUCAGUGUGGCAGUAGAGAUUCUUCAACAUCCAAACUAUGAUGAUAAGGAGGCUCUUUUUCGGGAUAUCAAGGACAACAUGAAUUAUCUGGUAACGGCACGUCCCACUGCAGUCAACAUGAAAGAGGCAGCUAACUUCUUCACAGAAAAGGCAGAUUAUUUGUGUAACUCUGACGAGUUCACGCUAUCUCAGAUGAAAGACGAAUUCAUAGACCAAAUAGAUAAAAUGCUGAUGGACGAUAUAAAGGACAAUAAAGCAAUCGGGAAAUUUGGAGCGGACGAAAUUCUACGUAAUGUGCCUGAGGGAAGUUCUGUCAGGGUGCUCACCCAUUGCAAUACCGGGAGUCUCGCUACCGCGGGAUAUGGCACAGCUUUAGGUGUCAUCAGAUCUCUUCACGAGAGGGGAAGACUCGAGCACGUUUAUUGCACCGAGACCAGACCAUAUAAUCAAGGCGCACGUUUAACCGCUUAUGAAUUGGUACACGACAAGAUACCAGCAACUCUAAUUUGCGACGACAUGGUCGCAGCGCUAAUGAAAACGAAACAGAUUACCGCUGUUGUUGUAGGCGCAGACAGGGUCGUCGAAAAUGGUGACACCGCAAAUAAAAUUGGAACUUAUCAGAUUGCAAUUCUCGCCAAAUAUCACAAUGUUCCUUUCUAUGUGGCUGCACCACUGACGUCUAUAGACUUAAAUGUGUUCAAUGGUGAUCAGAUAGUCAUUGAGGAGCGAUCUGAACAAGAAAUAACUCACAUGAACGACAAGAGAAUCGCAGCAGAGGGUAUAACAUGUUGGAAUCCAGCAUUCGAUGUGACACCGGCGAGUUUAAUCACAGGCAUAAUUACGAAUGUCGGUCUUUUUAAACCAUCAGAUGGCCGGGAUUUUCUCUACAAAUAUUCUGCUUUUAUAUUACGAUAA